GCGGAAUACGGCAGCGAGUCACACACGUGUGCGGAGCGUUCAAUGUUUUCGUGUGGGUUGUAACUCCGAAAACUUUUUGUUGAUUUUGUGAAUAUGAUUUCUGUCAUGGAUGAUAACGACACAGCGGAAGAUGAGCGUAGAGGUGUGAAACGCAAGAUGUCUCUGUCAAGAUGUGACGUAUGUGGAACAGAAGAGGCCAGAUACAGAUGCCCCAACUGUAUGAAACACACAUGCAGUUUGUCCUGUGUGAAACAACACAAGAUGUCUUCGGGAUGCAGUGGAGUUCGAGAUAAGACAGCAUUCAUCUCUCUCUCUCAGUUUGAUGAAAUGAAUCUUCUCAGUGAUUACAGAUUUCUGGAGGACACAGAUCGACUGAGACAAAGUUCUAACAGAGACGCCGUCCUGCACGCCAGUCGCCGACACCCGAAAGAGGGCAUGUGGUUAAUCCGGAAGGCACGAGCGGCUAAAGUCACCCUGAAGAUUCUGCCCAAAGUGUUCAGCAGACACCGAGAGAACACCACAAUCUUCAGAAGAGCUGAUGGACGAGUACAUUGGCAUCUGAAGAUCCAUUUUCCUCAGAGCGCUGCUGUUUAUUCAGAGAGGUUUCCUGAUAACAGAGAAGUCCGUCAGAUUCUUCACGACUUCAUUCAUCCAUCAGAAUCAGAUCCAGUCAGACGUCAGAAGUUAAAGGUUUACGUCCAGAGCCCUCAGGAGGAUAUCAAAAUCUUUAUGAGAUCAGAGCAGGCACAACCCAACACUCUCAGGUACCUUGAGCUGGAUCCACAGAAAACUCUGGGAGAAAACCUGAUGCACACGACUGUUGUGGAAUACCCAGAAAUCUUUGUGGUUCUGAAACAACACAGCCAAGAGUACGUCACCCAAAUGAAGGGGGUCAUCGUCUGGAUGAUGGACUACUGAGAGCAGAGAGAUUUCAGGAGAGCAGUAAUGAUGCACAUGAAACUACUGUUCAAAUAAAACAUCCCAGCUGCUUUAAGAGUGAAUCACACCGGCUGUCAGUGUGUCUCUCUGUUUUAUUAUCCUGAUCUGCAUGUUUAUGGUUAUUUUUGGAGAGGUACAUUUCAUUCCUGUUAGAUUACAGUGUCUCUGAAAAAUGGGUACAAAAUUCAAACAUUCAGAACAGAGACACAUUCUGGCUCGGUGUUAAAGGCAAAGCAAACCGAACCACAUUUUAAUGUGGUUGUAAAUCUGCAUGCGAGUCUUUCUUCGGUGGAACACAAAAGAAGAUAUUUUGAGAAAUGUCUGGGUGGUUUUGUGUUCACGCAAUGGAAGUUAAUGGAGUUCAGUGUUGUUUGAUUAUCAAAAUAUCUUCGUUUGUGUUCUGAAGACGAAGGAAACAGGUUUGACAUGACAUGAGGAUAGGUCAUGACCUUUUAUUUUUUAUAAGUCUCAUUGCUUUGUAGAUAAACAAAUAUCUGUCACACACAUUUCAUUUCUUGACUUGACCGAAAAAUAACUUCACUGUUAUCUGUUUUAUUUAUGUGUCCAACUUUAGACGUCGAGCGACAGUUGUGUUGGCUUCCGUGUCCUAUCUCAAGGAAACGUCUGCAUGGCUUGUCAUCCUCUGAAGGGUGCUUGUCUUCGUCUCCAGAUGUGACUGUGUGUUUCUUUUCCUCUUGUCCCGCUGUCUCCGGGAUCUCUGUUCGUUCAGAAGUGGCGUAUUUUUAGCAGAAUGUCCUGAAACCAAACAAGCUGCUUUCCAAAUACAUUCCAACAUCUGUCAAGCAUCAGCGCGUCUGUGCCGUGAUCCAUCACUGCAUUCCUCAGCUGGAUCUCCUUCACCUGGACCAAACCUCGGCGCAGAUGAUAUAUCACUCCAGAACGCUGUUUCAUGCAUUACUGCAGAGCCGAAGGUCUUAGACGAAAGAUAAGAUCAAUGCUCAUUAAACACACGUGUGGAACGGUUGGUGGAAGAAAAGAACCUGAAACCUCGAGACUGUAGGGCAGAUUUGAUUCUUUCAGGUUUCUGUGUGAUUGAUAGAUUUUAUUUGUCUGGAGGAAAAAGAAGCAUUACGGUUCCCCAAAAGUAUUUCAUAUCGGUUACA